AUAAAAUUUUGAAGUAGUCUCUCAAACGUAUAGCCGGCCUUUCUCUUUCUCUUUGAGUUUCUCUCUCCUGAAUUUCUUUCUUUCAUUCUUACACUUUCCCAUUUUCUUCCUGUAUUGUCUUCUCUGUCUCUCGAUUCUCCCUCUUUCUUCAAACCAAAAACAACACACUACUUCCUUCUUCAUCAUCAUCAUCCCAACAAAAAUCCAACCAAUUUCUCCAAAAAUCCCACCUCAAAAACCAUCCAUUUUUAGUUCACUAAUUAACUCACAAAACAAUACAAAAUUCAAAUCAAACAAUCAAAGAAUGCUUAAAUCUCCGACUACCCAAUACUUGAUUUCAUCAUGACAACAGCCCAACAACACCAACAACACCACCAACAACAACAGCAACCGUUGUCGAAAACAGCAAAACUUUCUCCGGUGCACAAAAUGCAGGACACCCUUAAGCUGAAAACACUCAGAAGAUCCUACAGUCUAUGCUCACGCGCUUCAACAACAACAACAAAGUACUCCGAAUCUACACAAUCUUCCGACGAAGAAGCAGAGGAGGAGGAGGAAGAGGAAGAAGAGGAGGAGAUUUCAUCUUCAGAAGAAGAGAAACCAACCCAGAUUGUAUUACCUACAGCCGAGAUGAGAAACCGAUCUCCGGCGAGUCUCCGGCGAGUGUCGCCGGAGUUAGAGGUGCCGGAGGUGGUGGAGAGGAAUCUGGCAAAUGGGGAUUAUUACACAGGCACAUUUGUGGGGAAUGUACCUCAUGGAAAUGGGAAAUAUUUGUGGUCAGAUGGGUGUAUGUACGAGGGGGAGUGGCGGCGAGGGAAGGCGACGGGGCAAGGGAGGUUUUCAUGGCCGUCGGGUGUGACGUAUGAAGGCGAAUUCAAGUCAGGGAGAAUGGAGGGGUUAGGGACGUUUACAGGGACAGAAGGGGAUACAUAUAGAGGAAUGUGGGUGUGUGAUAAGAAGAGUGGUAAAGGGGAAAAGUUGUAUGCUAAUGGUGAUUUGUAUGAUGGUGAUUGGAAGGAGAAUGUGCAAAAUGGAGAAGGAAAAUAUGUUUGGAGUAAUGGGAAUGUUUAUGUUGGGGAGUGGAGGAAUGGGGUGAUCUUUGGGAAAGGGGUUUUGAUUUGGGCUAAUGGUAAUAGGUAUCAAGGGCAUUGGGAGAACGGUGUUCCGAAAGGCGCCGGGGUUUUUACUCGGCCUGAUGGUAGCACCUAUGCCGGCAAUUGGGGGAAUGGGAAUGGGAAUGGGAGUGGGACUAAUCAUGAAGGUUUCGUUACGACGAAUGCUAAGAGGGAGGAUGGGGGGAGGAUGAGUGUGUCGGAUAGAGGGGUGAAUUUUCCAAGGAUAUGUAUAUGGGAAGCGGAUGAGGAUGCUGGGGAUAUUACAUGUGAUAUUAUUGAUAAUUCUGAGGCUUCUAAGUUGUAUAGGGUUGCUAGUAGUUGUGCUAAGAAGAGUCCUAAGGGUGCUUUGAGUAGGAGUCAAAGUCCUAGGGAUAUGAAUGUUGUUGUAUGUAAUCAUAGUAAUCAAAAUGUGGGUUCAACGCCUUCAACGCCGUAUUGGUAUGGUGGUGGAUGUGAUGAGAUUAAGAAGCCUGGACAACCCAUUUCCAAAGGUCAUAAGAAUUAUGAGCUUAUGCUUAAUUUGCAGUUAGGUAUCAGGCAUUCUGUUGGGAAGCAUGCCUCGAAAACUCGGGAUCUUAAGGGUUCUGAUUUUGAGCCUAAGGAGAAAUUUUGGACUAGGUUCCCUCCUGAAGGAUCAAAACAUACACCACCACAUCAAUCAGCUGAUUUCAGAUGGAAAGACUAUUGUCCCAUGGUGUUCAGACAUUUGAGAGAACUAUUUGGGAUUGAUCCAGCUGAGUAUAUGUUAGCUAUUUGUGGAAGUGACGCGUUGAGAGAGUUUUCUUCCCCUGGAAAGAGUGGAAGUUGCUUCUAUCUAACUCAAGAUGAUCGGUAUAUGAUUAAAACUGUCAAGAAGGCUGAGGUUAAGGUACUCAUCAAAAUGCUGCCUAAGUAUUAUGACCAUGUUGCCAAAUACAAGAACACAUUGGUAACAAAGUUCUUUGGUGUGCAUUGUGUCAAACUCAAAGCAGUAGGUGGUCAGAAGACUCGCUUCAUUGUUAUGGGAAAUUUGUUUCACUCUGAAUACCGGAUUCAUAAAAGAUUUGAUUUAAAAGGUUCUUCCCAUGGUCGGUCAAUUGACAAACCUGAAGGUGAAAUUGAUGAGACUACCACCCUUAAGGACCUUGACCUAAAAUUUGUGUUUCGCUUACAGCAAUCUUGGUUCCAAGAGCUCAUGAGUCAAGUUGAUAGAGAUUGCGAGUUCUUAGAGGCAGAGAAAAUCAUGGAUUAUAGUCUGUUGAUCGGUCUUCAUUUCCGUGAGGAUUGUUCCAGUAAUGAGCCAGGAUUGUCUCCUACUGGCAGAGGGGGUACAAAUCAUGAUAAGAGUUCGCCUCUAGGGUAUGAGAUAUUUACGCAGGACUCAAACUGCAUAAUGGAGGGAACGAGACCUUUCAUCCGGCUAGGAGCAAACAUGCCUGCACGAGCAGAGCGAGUAUCACGGGCAGAAUUCGAAGGGAAUGGAACUCCACGAAGUGUAACUGGUGGAAAUGGUGGUGGUGGGGAGGUAUUCGAAGUAAUUCUUUAUUUUGGUAUCAUUGACAUCCUCCAAGAUUAUGAUAUCAUCAAAAAAUUCGAACAUGCUUACAAGUCCUUGCAAGUGGAUCCCACCCUUAUUUCAGCUGUGGAUCCAAAGCUCUACUCCAAAAGGUUCCGGGAUUUCAUGCAUCGCGUCUUUGUGGAAGAUGAGUAAGCAUAAGAACCAAGGACAAUCCUAUCAUCAGAUUACACCAUUAACACAUUGUUGAUUGCUUCUGCGACCCUGACCCUGGCCCUGGCCUCGGACCCCCUAGAAGCACAGCACUCGGGGCUCUUAAAACACGGCUUCAAUGAGCUUCAUCUAAACCAUCAAUGGCUCGUUGCAUCAUAUCGUACUAAACUACUAAUACAAUUUUUAUGGCGGCUGAAUUUUUUGGGAUCAGCCAUUAUACUGAAGAGAGAGAUUAAUCAAAGGGGGGUGAAUACAUUUUGUACAUUGUAGGGAACAAUCAUUGGGGAGCAUAAUUUUUGUAUUUAUUUUUUGUAUCUUUUUUUUUUUUUUUUUUUUUUUUUUUUUCGUUUUUUGGAAUUUUUUUAAAUUUUAUUUUUGUGUUUUCCCUACCCUGGAUUAUUUUGCCAGGAAGUAAAAAGAAGGAAAUAGGAAAAUUCAAAAUAACUGUACAGUUAAAAAGGAAAGGGAAAGUUUGGAUAACAUAGUGAAAUUAUUUUCAUUUUUUUUUUUGUAAUUUUUUUUUUAAUUGUAAUGUAAUGUACUGUAAUAUUUUAACAUAGAAUUUUGAUUUUGCUGACCAAAAAAAGCAACAUUAAUUCAAAAAAAUGUGGUUGGUUUUGCUUUAUGCAGUGAGGUUGGGUUAUUAAAAGAAGAGCAAAAGCAUAAUAUUAAAGAAGUGGGGAUAUUGGCCCCUCAUUCUCUAUUCUUGUCCCCUCUUAAAUUUGAAAGAAACAAUUCUACAAUGCUGGAGCUUGAAGAUCUUCAUAAAUUAUUUGGAUAAUUUCUUUAUUUCUAAUUUUGGUGCAUUUUUUAUGCUCUAUUUAAUGAUUUAUUUGGAUUUUUCACUAAGAUGAGA